GAGGUUCACUCACAGCUGUGUACCCAGAAGGCUGUUCUGCAGCGUAUAUCGGAUAGUUUGAAGAUGAUGUGCUCGGACAAAAACGCAUCAAUUCCAGAAGAGAUAGAGGGACUAUUACAGGAAGUCUCACAGUCAUUACAGGAAGUGGAGGAACAGGUGAAGACAGCUGUGGAGAAAAGUGGCCCACUUCACAGGCUGGGUGCUAAAAUCUCUGAGAUUAAAGUAGGUCUGGGAUCAGUUCAGAGCUGGUUGGAACAGAAGAGCCUGAACUUCACUGAAGCUGAGACCACACAGAAGCGAGUGUGGGACGAGUUGGACUGUUUACACACUCGUCUGACGGCAGUUGAGGUGGAGCUACAGGAUGUGAAUGAAAUGCAUCCGGACGAGUGCCGCCUUUUAUUAGACAGCAUGGCCAACACUCAGCAGACGCACACACGCCUCACCAAACAGGCCGAACAGAGGACUACCUUCCUCAGCAAGGUCCGUGACUGGAUGCAGGAGCAUGAGGAGAUGUUGAAGGGGUCACAGAACUGGAUCUCAGAGGCUCAGUCUUGGCUUACGACACCCUGCACAUACACCACUGCCAGAUGCCUGGACAGUCAUGUGAAUGCACUGCAGAUGGUUCUGGAUGAUUCUGCUCAGAUGAGACGUGCUCUGCAGGGUUUCGGCAGUGUGCUGACAGAGAUGGGAAGUGUUUUUGAUGUCAGUCCAUUAGAGGAGCAGCUCUCAAAUCAGGAGCCUGAGGAAGAGGAGGAGCUCUUUGAUAAACCAGGAGAUGGAGAGGAAGAUGCUUCAGAUGAAGAUUAUGAAGAUUGCGUAAAAAAUGAGGAUGAGGAGGCAAGAGGAUGGUCACCCACCUCUCUGAAUUCUGAGGCUUCCUCCAGCAUGACUGUGGAG